AUGAACGGAACAUCGUCGAAGCCACAAUCUCAGUCCACCGUCCGAUCUUUCGGGGCUAGCGAGUCGGAUUUAAGAAGGCUUUACACUCUGUCUCUAUCCCAAAUAAGAAAACGUUGCGAGCGUGGAGAAAAUAACAACUAUAAACCUUCACCGUUUAAUAUACGUUGGAUACACGGCUAUAAUCCCAAAGUUGGGGUGAUCAAUCUUGUCAAGGAUGACUCUCCUACCCUCGCUUUCUACGCGGCAGGGUACUGUGGCGUGAUUUACGAUUGGAUGGAAAAUACUAUGAUGAUACUACAGGGUCAUAAACAUACAAUAAUUUGUAUAGAUACCGACGCAAAAGGCGAUUGGCUUGUUACCGCUGAUUCAGGACCAGAGAACGUUGUUAUUGUAUGGGAUAGAAAAGACUAUUUUCCUCAAAGGACUAUUUUCAAUCCUCACGGAAAUGUAAAAUUGGCUGACGUGGUCAUCAGUUCGGAUGCUAAGUACCUUCUAACCCUGGGUUAUCAAGAAAAGGCUACUAUUAACUGGUGGAUAUGGUCGAUGGGUUUAGACGUCCCUCACGCUUCUUUAGAAGUAGACAUUCCGAAAUGGGGAGUAGUGGACAUGGGAUUCAAUCCUUACAAAAGUGAACAAUUUCUUUUAAUGACGAAACAUGAUAUUUGGCUGUUUGUUUCAAGUAAAAUAUUUGUCUUUGAAAGAGGACUUAUAAAAGAAACCGACGAUUACGAACUUAAAAUAAAAAUACCGAACAAGAAAAUUAAUCCUGAUAAUGGUUUACUGACCGCUUUCACGUUCGUGGAAGAAACCUCUCAGAUACUUGUAGCCACAAGCCGAGGAUCAGUUCUCGUUUAUGGAUACACGAUAGAAUUUACGGACAAUGUAGAUUCAUCUAACUUUGAAAACUUAAGAUUUAUUAAGGUACUUAAAGUACAGACGAAGAGAAUUAAUGUUAUCCAAAAUAUAGAUGGUGUUGUGGUGACAGGCAACAACGCGGGUGAGAUUCACUUCUAUGACAACCAGGUGAAAUUACUGUAUUGGAUACACGGCUUCACUGUCGACUCUGUUAAACAAUUGAGCUUCAACAUCUCUCGAAGGAGCUACCAGAUACUCGAUCCCAAAUGUAGAAAAGUUUGUCAAUGCUGGGAUGAAGUCCAAACUGAAAUUGAUGAAACGACAGGGCAACCGUGUCAUAAGAUUAUGAAAAAACAUGUUCCAUUAGAUGCCACUACUGGAAACAAACCGUUCAUCAUCAGAGAUUUCAUUGUUUGUACAAAUAAUGAGGGCGUAUAUUUUGUUGAUUUUCUAACAGAGAAGCUGACUACGAUAUUAGAUAAUAAUGUUUCACCCGCCUUGUCCUUAUCUGUGAAUCCAGAAAAGACGUUUCUUUGCGUCGGGUAUACAAACGGUGUUAUUGAAUUAUUCAAUUAUGUGUGCCACAAAUUGUUCGUAAGGAUCGACUUGAGAGAACAUUUUAAAACAAUUAUUCCGCCCAAAGAUGACUCCCUCGAUGUUGAACAAGAAGUCAUUAAGCCAGAGAUUUCAGUGACAUGUUUGAAAUACUCACCAUCAGGAUUACACCUAGCCUGCGGUCUCGAUAAUGGCGAACUAAUAUUUCUGGACCCAACCACGAUAAGCGUUAAAUCUAAAGUCCCCCAUAAAGACACCAACUUUGCGAUCAAUCAGAUUAACUACAGCUGUGAUUCAUUGACUUUAGCUUUGGCUGACUCUGGUAGAACUGUACUAGUUUAUAAAUAUGAUUGCUCGAACUUUAUGUGGAAUUUUAUUGGAAAGCACAGAGCUCAUUAUAAGGACGUAACAUCCGUGUUUUUCCUUCCAAAGAAAAACGAAAAUGGGGAAUAUAAAUUGUUAUCCCUUGGAAUGGAUCGAAUUAUGGUUGAAUACGACAUUGGCGAAAGUUCUGAAGAGUAUCUCGAGGUUUUGAGUUUGGAUAGAGUGGAUCAAACAGCCAUACCUCUGUUUGGGAUCCCAUGGCCAAAUCCCCCGGAUAUUGAUCCCGAAAUACAUCGCACCGAUCUGCCCAUGAUUCUUAUUGCUAAUGAUGAGUUCAAAUACAAAAUUGUUAACUAUGGGACAACGAUGACGCUAUCUACCAUACUGGGUCCAAGGUACGAGAGCCCCGUGUGCCGUAUGGAGUUAAUUACAAUCACAAAGGACGAUACACAGAUGCAAUACCUUCUCUACGCUAGCAAGAAUGUCGUUGGCUUGCAGAAGAUGCCAUUAGACGGCAAUCCUUGGAAGCACACAGCUCUGCUUGGACAUCCUACUAACAUUAUUGACAUGUGCUUCCGAGAAGAUAGCGGAACGUUGUUUACGCUCGGAGCAAAAGAUAACUGUGUAUAUCAAUGGGCUGCUAAUUACAGAUCAGUGGAGACAACUACAAAGCUAGGUGGCGGUGAUCUGGACCCUUACUACUGCUUGAUGGAGGGUGGUAGACCAGGCUGGCUGUUCCAGGAGAUUCGUGAUCUAUUUUACUAUAUACAGAUUCUUUGCCAAGGAACCUUCUCGCCAGCCAUGCGACGCGUUAAGGAUUUUAUUCCAAUUGAUUCACUAUCAGAUCUGAUGCGAGCUUUAGGAUAUUUUCCGUCAGAGUACGAGGAGAUAACAUUGGAAGAGUUAGCGAUGAACGUAAUAGGUAUACAAGACCUGGAAGUUUUAUCUGAACAGUACUCCAUGAAGGAUUCCCUUGGAUCUCAACAAACUGGUGACACUUCUACCGAGUCCACAGAACCAAUUAGUAGCAGAUUAUUUAUGGACAGACGUUAA